AUCGAGAGCAGAAAACAAAGAUCGAUCCAUCGAGACCGACCGAGAGCAGGAUUGAAGUUGAAAGGACCGUCCGUACGGGUUACUUCUCCAGUCAGUCUCCGGUGCGCCUUCUUCGCCGAUCAGCGCGACUGCUGCUUGUACAUGGCCACGAGAGCGGCGCUCGUCGCCGGCCGCCGUGCGGCCGGUCAGGACGGGCUCGCCCUUCUCUCCUCGGGCUGCAGGCGCGAAGGAGCUCGUCCGAGCUCCCCCCACAAGAGCAGCAGCGCCACCGAGCGGGAGGGCCACGGCGACGCGACGGCGGCGCAGGUGGAGGCGGCGCUGAACCGCAAGAACGCGGACGUGGUCGACGUCGACCGCUCCGGCUCCGCGACGCUGGUCCCGGCCGACGCGCGGCGCGGCGCGGGCGACGAGUGGGUGCCCGACCAGGAGACGGGCGUCUUUGUCCCGGCCGACGAGGAGUCGUCCGGGCCCGGCGACGGGGGCGUGGCCGACGUCGGCGGCGCGCGCGGGCAAGCCCCGUCGGUGCUGGACCAGGCGGUGUUCGUCCGCGAGGAGCACAUGGAGGACGUCGAGAGGCCCGCCGUCGGCGUGGACGAUGCCGGCGCCGCCUGAGCGCGGGGACCGUGUCCUCGGGCGGCCCGCCGCUGCGACCAGCAGGCAGAGUAGCUGUAGCCUGUAGGGCAAGCAAAGCAAGGUUUUCUUUGUUCUAGCUUCCGGAUCGAUAGAAUAAUGAAGUCAGAUCUCAA